UGCACGAGCGGUGGUGUGAGACGCGUGCCGCGGGGAAGGCUUCAGUACACAGCGUAUAUAUAUAGAGAGAGUAUCAGCGACGAAGGAAGAGAACGCUCACAUGGCGCCUUCUCGGUGGAAGCAGCCGUCCGGGGCAGCGUUAGCUCUCGUCGUCCUGCUCUUGUUCUUGGACCACCCAGUGGUGAACAGACUCGCUCUCGGUGCGAGUGUGGCACCGAAACGCACUGCGUUGGAUAUCAUCUGCGAUCUCCCCCAAGAUGUGAAUGACCAACUGAGGAACACCACAAGAAAGUGCGAAGAAAUGUUUCCGCAAUCGGUGGCCAGUCUGAGUGACCACAGGAACAUCCAAUGCCUGAAGCAAGUGGCUGGGCCCCAAGCCGACGAACAAAAGCCCCGCGACGUCUUCUGUGCGCAAAGGGGACUCUUCCAACCAUACAUCGACUGUGUUAUGAAAAGUCAAAGGGACAUGCUGAAGGCCUAUGCGAAACUUUCAGCGACGGAACUUCGGGCUGUUCGGGACGGUCUUGUAUGCAUGCUGACAACAUGGAAUGAACUACUUCGCACCUAACAAAUCAAGUGGGAACCGAUUAAAAACUC